AUGCCUACUUUCACCGUCUUCAAGGGGUCAGCAGAUGGAUUCCCUAAGAAGAGUACCAUUGUGCAUCCAGACCAGCUGGAGGGUGAUCGCGUCUUGGUGAAGAUCACGGCAUCCGGCGUCUGCUUCACUGAUCUACACUAUAGAACCGCCGACCUGGUCCUAGGCCACGAGGGCGUCGGCGUCGUCCUCGAAGUCGGCCCUGCCGUGCAGCACCUCAAGAAGGGCGACCGCGUGGGCUGGGGCUAUGUGACGGGGAGCUGUGGCUACUGCCAGCACUGCCUCCAGGGCGACGACAACUACUGCCACGACCGCGCCCUCUACGGCAGCGCCAACACCGACAACGGCAGCUUCGCCUCGCACGCCCUGCUGCGAGAGGCCUUCCUGCACCCGCUGCCGGACGCGCUCCCGGACGAGAUCGCCGCGCCGCUGCAGUGCGCCGGCGCCACCGUGUUCGCGACGCUGCACGACGUCAGGCCCAACGAGACGGUCGGCGUCCUCGGCAUCGGCGGGCUGGGCCACCUGGCCAUCCAGUUCGCCGCCAAGCUCGGGUGCCGCGUCGUCGCCCUCUCGGGCUCUGACGCGAAGAAGGCCGAGGCGCUGAAGCUCGGCGCGGGCGAGUUCGUCAGCCUGCGCGAGCGACGCGGGGAGACGUCGGAAAAGCCGCGGUGGCCCAUCGACAGGCUCAUUGUCACCGCAUCCUCGCAGCCGGACUGGAGCGCCCUGCUGCCGCUCAUGGCGUACAAGUCUAAGAUUUACCCGCUCUCUGUCUCAUCUGGCAACUUUGAGAUACCAUACAUGCCCCUGAUAGUCAACGGUAUCGCCGUCCAGGGUUCGAUGGUCGCCUCGAGAGCCGUUCAUCGAAAGAUGCUCGAGUUUGCAGCUGAUCACGGAGUCAGGCCGCAGAUAGAGUCGUUCGAAAUGACGGAGGAUGGAAUCAAGAAGGCCGUCGAGAGGCUUGAGUCAGGAGGACUGCAUUUCCGGGCCGUCCUGAAGGCGCAGUCAUAG